ACUCUACUUUAUCCUGACUAUUUUUACACCAACCUUUCUACACCAACCAAGUGUUGGAAAGCAAGGACGACGCCAACUAAAGAUGUGAUUUACUGUCACAGUGCUCAUCAAAUAGGCUACUACAAAAUGAAUCAGCCUACAUUGAGAGGAUUAAUGGACUCAAAACCCAACAGGAAAUCUAAGAAGAAAAAAGAGCCAAGUAUUUUUACAUCAAUGUACGGAGGGGUCCUUUCAUCAACUCAUCCCAAACCCAAUAAAGUGACACCUGUGGAAACCAAGAAGAAGAAUUAUGUCCCCUCCAGCAAGACCAAUAAGAAAAUCCUUCCUCCAGUCAAGCAUACUGUGCCAAGGUAUUUGCCACCAAUGAAAAGCUCAGUUCGGAGCCAGACAAAACAAUUUUCCAAAGAUGAUGGUGAGAAGGUUCCUCUGGCGUUAGAUGGUCCUGCUGCUCUACAUCAGUUAGUAAAGCAGCCAUUAUAUGAUGAGCCACACAGUGAAGUAGCCAGGGAGUGUUUAUCACCACAUCUCAUUAGACAUUUUCCAGCUGAGUCAUUUGCAUUUCUGGAGCAACUCUCUCAAAUGCAGAGAAUAACUGUUAAGAAGAUUCUGAAGAUGAAGUACAUCACCAACCUGGAACUGCUUCAGAAGUUCAAAACAAUAACUGAUUGGGUAACUAUUGCAUCCAGAGAUGUGGUUCUCCCAGCUGUCUACUUGUACCAGGCCAUAACAAAAGACUUAUACAAAAAGUACACCCAGAAGGACCUCCAACAUAAAUGGCUAUGCCUAGGUGAUGGUGGAAUGUCCCGCGCAGUAAAUCAUGAGGGAGUGGUCAGUGCAGCUAACAUGUUUAAUGCCCUAGUCUGCAUGACAAGGACCAACAGGAAGCAACCAGAAGACUCUGAUGAGAGCUGCCUGGCUUAUUCUGGGCAAUCUACACCAAGCGACUCUUCUGUUGCCAUCCACAGGAAAGGCAGUCUGCUCUUUUGUAGCCGCAUUCAUUUUAAUGCCAGUAAGCUGGUCCAGCACAUUUAUCGGAUGCUUCUGAAUUCUCACUUGGGAAGCAUAUACAUAUCCCAAAGCUGGUGGGCAAUGAUGACUCCAGAUUUGGCGGCUAAAAGGAAUCUUGAGUUCCUUUCUGACCUGCUUUUCAACUUCAUUGUAUACGCUGUCAAGAAUCUCCUAGAGUCAUUCUUAGGAUUGCCCCACAAAGUACCUUGCAGUAGCUCUAUGGAGUGGACUCUUCGGAGCAGACCAGGUGUGUCCAGCAACGUGCUCUCAGAAGAGGAGGCCGCACUGGAGGCCUUGUCUGAGGUGUUGAUCAGCAGGGUGGCUGACACACUCUCUCCCAUCUCUGAAACUCAGCAGAGAGCCAAAGAUUUAACAUCUGAGGACAGUGCAGCUGAGGCUGACCAGGAAGAGCCCAUUGUCUAUGAUGACCACCUGGAGGAGUUCAUGUCCUCACUACACAUGAGUGGGACUCCGUCUGCCAGCAGGAGCCCUUGCACAUCAGAGGGACUAGACUCUGUCACAACUCUCAGCACUCAGUCUUUAGAGACCGACUCUGGCCUCUUGAUGCUAUGCAAAAACGAAAACGGAUCAGUUUACCAACACCCUACUUACCCAGUCUCAGAGGGCAGAGACUGUGAUGAGCGUUUGCACACCGUGGUAUCUAAGCAGACAUCACUGAGUGGAUUUUGCUUAGACCACAACUCAGUCAGUGGAAACUCAGCACAGAGCCUCAGCAGCUGUACUUCAAUGUGUGUACCUCCAGGGUGUACAACAGCUGAGCCCAACCUCAGCUCAGCAGAGACAGUCGAAUUGACUGAGGGAUCUGAUUAUGGUCAUCCACCAGAAGAGAGCAGUCAGGCUCCCUGUGAGCUAUCCAGUCUCACCGGGCCCAGUAUUUGCUGUGCUUCUGAUGAACUUCCAGGUAGGGCCUGCUCCAGCAGUAGCCAAGCCAGCCCCACCUCAGACAGUGAUGCAUUGGAUGCUGUGGCAGAGGACACACAGUCUAUAGGGAGCCAGGACAUCAGCACCAAACAGUUGUCCAGUGACCACCCUUUAAGAGCCCAUCAACAAAAAUCAUCUGAGUCCAUGAAGGAUACUGCGGAUAUGCAAGAGAAAAGACUGAAAUGUGAAAACGGCCUCUAUAAAGGGACAAAAACCAAAAUAGGUCCUGAAGGUGUUAUGGAGUUGUCCACUGACAAUAGACGAUUCCACCGGUCCAAGGCUGUCUCAAGAUUCUUCUGCUUCAAGUGCAGAGAGGAAUCAUAUGAAGAUGAAAAUAGCUCACAUGAACAAUAACUCAUCUAAACCUGCUAUUUUUUAGAAAUAAAUAGAUGCAAAGCCUUAAA